AUGGCGACGUCCUGUAAACACGACUGAAUCUCCCUAAACAUAUCAUUCGGAAUAGUCUGGGGAUUACUUUUAUCCCGGAAUAGUCGAAGCCGUGUCUCAGUUAUAGCUUAAUAAAAGCACAAAUGUAUACCAAACCAAGAAAGCUGUAUAAAGCUUUAGCCUGUGAGUGAGUUUAGCCUUUAGCUUAGCCGUUAGCUCACAGGGUGCAAUGCAGCUGUUACUGAGAUUCCUCAGUCCUGGUUUAUCAUUAGCCGGUCUCCUCCGUGAUGUUAAAGUCUGCAGGAUUAAGAGAAGAAAUCAUGGCUGCACUGAGUCCUUCACACUGAUCAGACACAGAUGGAUGAAGACGGGCUGUAUCUCAGCUACAUGCUGUGUGAGGGAGCUCAGCUCAUCUGCUGAGAAGCAGAAUAUGGACAUGUCAAAGUUCCCUGUUGACAGAAUCAGAAACUUCAGCAUCAUCGCUCAUAUUGACCAUGGGAAAAGCACCCUCGCUGACAGACUGCUGGAGAUGACAGGUGCCAUUGCAAAGACUGAGAGGAAUAAGCAGGUACUGGAUAAACUGCAGGUUGAAAGAGAGAGAGGGAUUACAGUGAAGGCUCAAACAGCAUCUCUGUUCUAUCAGCAUGAGGGACAGAUGUACCUGCUCAAUCUCAUCGACACACCGGGCCAUGUUGACUUCAGCUAUGAGGUGUCUCGCUCAAUAUCAGCUUGCCAAGGAGUGUUGCUCAUUGUAGAUGCAAAUCAGGGAAUCCAGGCACAAACUGUGGCAAACUUCUACUUGGCUUUUGAAUCUCAGUUAACCAUCAUACCCGUUAUAAAUAAAAUUGACUUAAAAAAUGCAGACCCUGACAGAGUGGAAAAACAAAUUGAAAAGAUGUUUGACAUUCCAAAGGAGGAAUGCAUCAGAAUUUCUGCAAAAUUAGGCACAAAUGUGGAUCAAGUUCUCCAAGAAGUGGUGAGAAGAAUACCUCCUCCCACAGCUAAAGUUGAAGAACCGUUUAAAGCUCUGGUCUUUGACUCUACAUUUGACCACUACAGAGGUGUGAUAGCCAACAUUGCUGUCUUUGGUGGUCAGGUCUGUAAGGGGGACAGAAUUGUCUCUGCCCACCUGGGAAAGACUUACGAGGUUAAUGAAUUGGGAGUGCUGAGGCCAGAUGAACACCCUACUGAAAAACUCUAUGCAGGGCAGGUGGGCUAUGUAAUAGCUGGCAUGAAGGAAGUGAAGGAUGCACAGAUUGGUGACACAUUUUAUCUCCAAAAACAGCCUGUGGAGCCACUGCCAGGCUUCAAACCUGCUAAAUCCAUGGUGUUUGCAGGUAUAUACCCUACAGACCAGUCGGAGUAUCCAUCUCUGCGCAGUGCUGUGGAGAAACUCACUCUUAAUGACUCCAGUGUGACAGUGCAGAGAGACAGCAGUCUGGCUUUAGGGGCUGGCUGGAGGCUGGGCUUUCUGGGUCUGUUACACAUGGAGGUCUUUAACCAGCGUCUGGAGCAGGAGUAUAAUGCCUCCGUUAUAGUCACAGCACCCACAGUGCCAUACAAAGCUGUUUUGGCCUCUCCUAAACUUAUAAAGGAGUAUGGAGAAGAGGUGGUGACCAUUGUAAACCCAGCUCAGUUCCCUGAAAAGACUCAAGUGCUGGAGUACCAGGAACCCAUGGUCAUAGGAACUAUUAUCUCCCCUGAUGACUUCACAGGCCAAAUCAUGAGCCUCUGUCAGAGCCGCAGAGCUGUUCAGAAGAACAUGGUGUACAUUGACGAUCAUCGAGUGAUGAUGCAGUACCAGUUUCCGCUGAAUGAAAUCGUAGUGGAUUUCUAUGACGAGCUAAAAUCCAUGUCGUCGGGCUAUGCUAGCUUAGAUUAUGAAGACGCUGGCUAUGAACCAGCUGAACUGAUUAAGAUCGAUUUCCUGCUCAAUGGAAGACCGGUGGAGGAGCUCACCACUAUAGUUCACAAAGAGCGGGGCUAUAGCAUAGGAAAAGCCAUGUGUGAGAGGCUGAAGGAAUCCAUUCCCAGACAAAUGUUUGAGAUUGUUGUGCAGGCAGCCAUUGGGAGCAAAGUCAUCGCCAGGGAAACGAUCAAAGCAUACCGGAAGAAUGUUCUAGCCAAAUGUUACGGUGGAGAUAUCACACGGAAAAUGAAGCUGUUGAAAAAGCAAGCAGAGGGCAAGAAGAAGAUGAGACGCAUCGGAAACAUCGACGUCCCAAAAGAGGCUUUUAUUAAUGUACUGAAAAGGAAGUAGGACUUUAACUAUAGAACAAUCGUGUAUUCAUCCACGUUGCAGAAUGGAUUGCCUGGAACUAUGUGGCACAUGCUAAUCAUGCUGCUAGAACAUUAAAAUGUGAAUUCUUAAUUUUUGGCUGUACCCAUUUUCUUUUAGGCAUCGAUACAGCUAUUAAUUCUGGUCUGCGUACUUGAUUAGGUACAGCUUUUAUGCCAGAUCCCCUUCCUGGUGCAACCGUCCUUAUUUUUAUUCAGUCUUGGGACCUGUACUGAGAGCGCAUUGACAGCUGAAGUGCACCUUCCAAUGGCUAGGUUGUUCAACCUCCUCAGACAAAGCCAAUCAUGUCUAUGUGGACACAAGACCAGCUGAUAGCACAGCUGAGAUUCGAACCCUGGAUCUUGGCUGUAGUAGGCUAGCAUGUUUUACUGCUGUCUACCCAAGCGCCCAAAAUGUUAAGAAUUAAUAAUAUACCUAAAAGUAAGACUAAUUUUUACUAUAAUUGUUACAUCUUGAUCAAUGCACAAUAAACCAAGUUUACAUGUUA